CCAAGAGGCUGCGAAGGAGACGAGAGGACUGAGUCAGUACACUCACUCUCCAGUCUCCAGUAAAAAUGUGUUCUUGCUUUAGCCGCUGGAGACGACGAGAGAGGUGAUUCUUGUUUCAUCCCCUCUUCACUUGUUUGUUCUUCUUCAUCGUUCCCUGCGGCGUUCUCAUCUCAGUCUCAGUCCCUCCUUUCUCAAAUUCCUCUGUGCUCUCGGUUCGAAACGUGACGGCGACACUGUCUUCCUUGUUCUUUGCGGCGCAGGAAGUGAAGAUGAAAAGGUCAUCUCUUUUCAUGGCUGCAGAGCCACGGCUGUGAUGGCUGGUUGUUGCGGUGCUAUGCUUGCUAACUCAUUCUUACCGACAGAAAAGCUAAAUGAUUACAUCUGGGGUCUUGUUCAGAAAGCAAUCACACAUUUUUCUACCGAUAUGACUCUUGUCAUAAACGAACUUUCAGGAGGCUUCUUACCUAACAAGAUGUUCCUUGAUGCACAAGCGUAUUUAACCAUCUCCUCUAAAGUCUAAUCUAGUAUAAGGACUUUAACCAUCUCCUCUUGAGUGUAGAAGUAAAGGGUCAUAGAAUGAUGACUUGUGUGUGUGUUUUGAUGAGUAAAAAACUUGCAUAUACUAUUAUGGUUAUGCUACUGUACCUCAAAAGUCAAAACUACUCAAAACUUAUGGUUUGAGCAUUGAUUUUCUCAAUGGUGAAAUUAACAUAAAUCAAGUCGUUGAUUGAUUUGAAUUAGAUUGAUCAGAUGAGAUUCAAGUGUGCGGUUGUACCAUUGCUAUCAUAGGUUUGAUUACAGAGGAUCAACUCUCACUGCCAAAGUCAGACUUAAAACAAAAAAAAAGUCUUGAAGAGCAGAAGACAAGGGAACAAUCGUUUGAUAAUUUCGAGAUUUUCCCGCUUCCAUUUGCUAAAAUCUUCAAUUUUUUUUUACUUAUUUGUCUUCUUUCCCGAUUCAAUUAAUGCAAAAAACUUGUCUUUUUAAUGGUCUGCCCUAUACGAAAGGGCAAAACAAAAAAAAAACCCAGCAGGCAAUUUAAUUGCGGGGAAAGAGAUAAACUUUGAAGCCUUGAGAUUAUUUACUUAACUCUGAGAUGGAGAUUGUGAUAAAGUUUCUGUUUUUAGGAAUCUGGGUUUAUUGUCACUCUGUUCUUGAUUCUGUUUCUGCUAUGGAUAGUCUCUUAUCUCCAAAGGGUGUUAACUAUGAAGUUGCUGCGUUAAUGUCAGUGAAGAACAAGAUGAAAGGUGAGAAAGAGGUUUUGUCUGGUUGGGAUAUAAACUCUGUUGAUCCUUGUACUUGGAACAUGGUUGGUUGCAGCUCCUCUGAAGGUUUUGUUGUUUCCCUAGAGAUGGCUAGUAAAGGAUUAUCUGGGACAAUAUCAACUAGUAUUGGGGAAUUAACUCAUCUUCAUACAUUGUUACUGCAGAAUAAUCAGUUAACCGGUCCGAUUCCAUCUCAGUUAGGCCAGCUCUCUGAGCUUAAGACACUUGAUCUAUCUGGGAACCGGUUUAGUGGAGAGAUCCCAGCUACGUUAGGGUUCUUAACUCACUUAAACUACUUGCGGCUUAGCAGGAAUCUUUUAUCGGGGCAAGUCCCUCACCUUGUCGCUGGCCUCUCAGGUCUUUCUUUCUUGGAUCUAUCGUUCAACAAUCUAAGUGGACCAACUCCAAAUAUAUUAGCUAAAGAUUAUAGGAUUGUAGGAAAUGCAUUCCUUUGUGGUCCAGCUUCCCAAGAGCUUUGCUCAGAUGCUACACCUGUGAGGAAUGUGACAGGUUUGUCAACAAAGGAUAAUAGUAAACAUCACAGCUUAGUGCUCUCAUUUGCACUUGGCAUUGUUGUUGCCUUUAUCGUCUCUCUAAUGCUUCUCUUCUUCUGGGUGCUUUGGCAUCGAUCACGUCUCUUAAGAUCAUAUGUGCAGCAAGAUUACGAAUUUGAAAUCGGGCAUCUGAAAAGGUUCAGUUUUCGCGAAAUACAAACUGCAACAAACAAUUUUAGUCCAAAGAACAUUUUGGGACAAGGAGGAUUCGGUAUGGUUUAUAAAGGGUAUCUCCCAAAUGGAACUGUGGUAGCGGUUAAAAGAUUGAAAGAUCCUAACUAUACAGGAGAAGUUCAGUUUCAAACCGAAGUCGAGAUGAUUGGCUUAGCUGUUCACCGUAACCUUUUACGUCUCUUUGGAUUCUGUAUGACCCCGGAAGAGAGAAUGCUGGUGUAUCCCUACAUGCCAAAUGGAAGCGUAGCUGAUCGCCUGAGAGACAAUUAUGUAGAAAAGCCGUCUUUGGAUUGGAAUCUGAGGAUAAGCAUUGCACUAGGUGCAGCUCGAGGACUUGUUUACUUGCAUGAGCAAUGCAAUCCGAAGAUUAUUCACAGAGAUGUUAAAGCUGCAAAUAUUCUACUUGAUGAGAGCUUUGAAGCAAUUGUUGGCGAUUUUGGUCUUGCUAAGCUUUUAGACCAGAGAGAUUCACAUGUCACAACUGCAGUCCGAGGAACCAUUGGACACAUUGCUCCUGAGUACCUUUCCACUGGACAGUCCUCAGAGAAAUCUGAUGUUUUUGGAUUCGGAGUAUUAAUUCUUGAACUCAUAACGGGUCAUAAGGUGAUUGAUCAAGGUAACGGUCAAGUUCGAAAAGGAAUGAUAUUGAGUUGGGUAAGGACGUUGAAAGCAGAGAAGAGAUUUGCAGAGAUGGUGGACAGAGAUUUGAAGGGAGAGUUUGACGAUUUGGUGUUGGAGGAAGUUGUGGAAUUGGCUCUGCUUUGUACACAGCCACAUCCGAAUCUAAGACCAAGGAUGUCUCAAGUGUUAAAGGUUCUAGAAGGUUUGGUUGAACAGUGUGAAGGAGGGUAUGAAGCUAGGGGUCCAAGUGUCUCGAGGAAUUACAGUAAUGGUCAUGAAGAUCAUUCUUUUAUUAUUGAAGCUAUUGAGCUCUCUGGACCACGUUGACACUUCAAAAUGUGUAUUAAACUUGUUUUGUUCUCAAUGUCACCAAACUGUAUAUUGUUUUUAUAAUUUUUGUUUUUUGUUU